CCUAGCCUGCCGAGUUCAGGCAGAGAAACCUGCGGGUUUUUAGCCAAACCCCUCCUUACCCACCAAUGGCAAAAUCUCUGUAGUUCCAACUUCGGGGAGCGAUGUCAAUGAUUUCCACCAUUGCCCUGUCUCCUCAUCCUACUCUCACAUCUUCGCCAUUCCUUCGCCUUCCUCUGCAACCACGCAGCGGAGUCAAUUCCAUUACAUUUCGCUCUUUACCCGUCAAAGGCCCACCAUUUCUCGGCAAAGCCGGCUGCAAAAGAUUGAGGCUUUUCGGCGAUAGGAAGCUGACGCUUGAGUUUUCCGUCAAUUCACAGAACACUGAAGGGGAAAUCAACAAUGGCGUCGAAGAUGAUUCCCAGAAGAUGGCUCGAGAAGAGACCACGAUGCCUGAUAGAUUCCGGUACCUGACCAAGGAAGCGCCUGACCCGCCUCUCAGGUGGCCUUGGUUUGUCGCACUAGGUUUCCUCAUCUAUUCAUGGAGGGCGGUCUUAUUUGAGCUUGGUAACUGGAAGAAGGGUGCAUUAUCUGUCAUCGGUUUCGUGGGGUAUCUCUUAAAACUCCUUCUGGCCCUAAUCUUCCACUUCAUUGGUGACCCAAUAACGUCUCUAAUACGAACCCUGGAGACCGGGUUCUACAUGGUUCGAGCUUUCUAUUCCAGAAUACUGCAUUACACCCCAGUCCCAGAAUUCACCACAAUGAUUGUGCUUUCAUCAGCGGUGCUCGCUAUUGCUGAAGCUGCUGUUCCAAAUUCAGUAAGCAGCCAACCAUAUCUCCUCACGUUAUCCGGUCUAAUUGGCUAUGCAGCAGUAGGGAACUACAUUUCAGAGCCACUCUUCUGGACACUUCUUCUGGGUGUGUACACUUUCUCUCGAUUGGUUAAGAAGAGGGACGAUGUCACAUCUGCCCUUCCUGCUGCUACUGUGCUCACUGCUAUAGGAGAGCCCUGGGUGAGGGUACUGGUAAUGACUUCAUAUGUCGCCCUUGCCAUCUAUCACCAUUCGAAGAAUCGUACCAAGGGUGAAGAAGGCGAAGUUGUUGCAAGAGGGAAGCAGGUUCCAGCGCCGUUGCUGUGUGCAGGCUUAGCCAUUGGUAUAAAGAUUGCUGCCAAGUGGGCUGGGUAUCGCCACUUGACAUGGAUGGUAGUAUAGAACGAUGUAAUCUUCUGGUGAAACAAAUAAAUUGAUUGCCAUGGAGAGCCUCAACCCUCAAACUCUUUCCUUCCACUCUGUGAAGCUUUUUGGUUCAGUUUGCUUAAAAAAAUGUGCUUAUUGUUCUACAUCAGCUGGGAUAAAAGAGGACAAGGUUUUGUUUCUUUGGGGCUGGUAAACAACUCUCUAACAUCAAUGGUGGUAAAGAUGUAUUGACAACUCUGAGGCAGAGCCGCAGAGGGAAAGAAGAACUGAAAUGUUUGGGUUUGGGCCCAGAUAAGAAAGUACUUUCACCAAUUACAAUUUGAUUCUGAUGUAAUCGAAUCAGUUACACUUAGCUAAGUCAACCGGUUCCUUGAUUGAUUGAGCCAUUUUGACGAGUAUAUAAUAUGAUGCAC